AUGACUCUCCUUCCUGGGCCAGCGGUAGCCCACAGACGAUCCUUACGACUUUCCUUGCUUUCACGUCUUUGCGGAACCGUGAGCGUCUUCAUUUUAGUGUUUUCUUUUGCCGGUAUCUUCUAUUAUAAUGCGUUCUGCUACGUGAAGAACGGCGGAGAAACGCCGAAAACUGCAAGGCUGCAACUUCUGGGUGACCAUCACCGUACCGGAUGUUCCACCCACAACGAACCACAACUAGAGUCCAAGAGUCAAACUGUUUCUGAACUUACUCCCAUUUCUCCCUCUCUGUUGCCUGAUAUCGAGCAUUUGAGCUUGGAAGCAUUGAGGGAACUUGUUUCGUCGACGGAAGGCUUCUUAGCGAGGGACUAUAGCCUGAACCUCGGAUGGAAUAAUAUACGUUAUAUCAUAGAGGCAGCGUUGCUUCAAGCUAAACUUCUCCGCCGAACCCUUAUUUUGCCUUCAUUCAUCUACGCGCGAGGCUGCGAGUAUGACGUCAAAGUUUGUGGCGAUUACUUUCCCAUGGUUAAUAGAGGGGAUGCGUUAGGAAGCAACGAGUGGCGCGAGCUCCCCAUCGAGGAGCAAAUGGGUUGGGUGCUCCCUAUAAAUCUCAUGAUCAAUAUCACUCACCUCCGCGAGAAUCACCCGGUCAUCACCGUGUCCGACUACCUUCGCCUACAUGGCAUCGACCCUACGACCGAAGCCUCCAAUGGACAGUGGCAAAGAGAUCGGUACCAUGCCAGCGAUGUCAAGAAUAUUUUUACGGGGAAGACACCUGAAUUAUAUGUCAUCCAGAAUGAGUGGUAUGAUCAGGAAAUAAUGAGGGUCGACAAAAUACCAGAGGAAAUCAAGGCCCGGAAGCGAGAGGACGAGGCUAGUGGGGUACACGCGACCUUGGAGGAUGAUUUGCCCCAGAAUGUCGCCCUAGACUGGGAUCGAACUCAAGAAAUGGUGAAUAUUUGGGACGAUCAUGAGCUGGAGAGGGUCAUGAUCGAACACGGAUGGGAAGUCCUCCAUACAUUCAAGCCUGUAAAGGGACUGGAAUUGAGCAAAACCGUUACAGAACCAAUGAAGCAAUUCGCACGCCGUUCCGCUAUCCGUGGAUUCCAGGAUGAUUUUUCUGGGCGGAAGGAAGAAGUACUACUACUCUCUGGUCCAUUGCACCAUCACCGGAAACCAGGCGGCAUGCGCUUUACAACUCGCCUUGCAUUGAACGAGUACCUCCAUCUUGUCCUCCAUGAUAUACGACAGAUCGAUGCUGUGAUCUCGCUUGCUGACCUGAUGGUUCAACGCAUGUACGAUCUAGUAGGGGGGCGACUAUGGAUGGCAGCGCAUAUGCGUCGUGGUGACUUUGUCAGGUACAACUUCGUCAUGGAGAAUACUCCAGAAAGACAUAUCUACCGAGUGAAGCAACAUCUGGCAAACGGAAGACGACUGAUAGAGUCACUACAUGAACGACAGGAAGUUUUGCGGACCUAUGAUAUGCCAGAUACGCCUGGUCCAAACUAUGAGAUGUACAGUCGGGGACCACCACUUGCGGACGACUGGUUCUAUGUCGCGACGGAUGAGCGCAACGCCACCAUUCUACAAGAAUUUCGAAACCAAGGGGCCGUUUUCAUGGACGACCUCCUUACCAUCUCAGACAGACGGAUGAUUGAUCCAGAAAUAUCAUGGGCAUUAAUGAUUACGGACUUUCGCGGGUUGAUAGAACAAAUUGUCUUGUCACGCGCGGCGUAUUUCUACGGCCAUAUGAUGAGCUCGGUAGUUGGUGGUGUCAUGAAUCUACGCGGUAAACGCGGGGUCGAUCCACGCACAACAGAUGUAGAUUAG